CAGGGGAACUCAAGGUAUGGGACAGGUCAUGUCCGACGGGAGAGACGUUAAGAAAACCAUCCAGCGCUUGCUGAGCAAGCAUGGAUCCCCCAUUCUUAAGCAGGACCUUAAGUCGCUCCUACGAUGGGUGUCACGCAUGUUCCCCGAUACCACCCCUUCCUCUGUUCUUACUCUCCGCUACUGAGACAAGGUCGGCGUAAAGCUCUACGACCUAGCUACGCUGCCUGGCCACGAGCCAGAGCUGCGCCUGCUUCCUGCAUGGAGGGCGGUCAUAGAAGCGGUUAAAAAAGAGGGGGGGAGCGAGGCAGCCCGUGAGGCUACCGCGGAGACGGCCCCAGAGGCCGUGCCAGACCGAAACCUGCCCAGGUCCCGCUCCCCGUCCCCCGUCCGCACCCCCUCCCCGACGAACGCCAAAGAUAAAGCCCAGCCGCCAGCUGCACCCCCACCGGGAUCCCACCAGCGACCCCAGAGCCGCCGAACGCUAACUGCUUAUGGGGACUCUGACUUUAGCAGUGACGGGGAGUCUUUUGAUCCCAGCCCCGAAAAUGAUCUGGACUUAUUCCCUUCAAAUAGGCAUAACAACUAGUUAAAGAUAAAAAAGAAAGCCCUUAAGGACAGAGACUUUAAUACCGCAGCAAAAAUAUUUGUAGCCCCUGUGCGUCUCGGCCCGAGGGGGGGGAAUCCCCGAUGAGAGCCCUUGAGCCACUCAGAAAUUAAGGAACUGCGCCGUACCGCAACAGAAUACGGUCUAGGGUCCCCUUACUUCAGUAAUUUGUUGAGAGCAACUUUCAGUACUCACCUCAUGACCCCUCAUGAUGUUAAAUCCUUAGCAAACCUUUUGCUCACUCCAACGCAAUAUGCGAUAUUCAUGGCACAAUGGAAAAGGAGACUAGAGAACUUAAUUAUAACAUAUGCAGGGCAAGCAAACCAAGCCCUGGUUGCCUUAACUAUUGACCAUUUAGCAGGGGAGAGAGCGCAUACCGAUCCUAAUAGCCAAGCUGCCUUGCCGAGGGAAACCCUAGAAGAGAUCACGGAGGCAGCUCGUUUUGCAUUUCUUAAAGUCCCUGAUGCAAAAACCCCGCAACAGUCCUUCAUAAAUAUUAAACAGGCUCCCCAAGAACCCUAUAUGCAGUUUGUGGACAAAUUGAAACAAGCACUAGAAAGACAGAUUGAUAACGAUCAAGCCAGAGAAGUUGUGCUCCUAAAACUAGCUAUUGAAAAUGCUAAUGAUGACUGUAAACGACUCUUGAAGGCCCUGCCCCCAGAACCUGAGCCCACACUGCUCCAAAUGAUAAAAGCCUGCAACCGCCUGGGGACAUUGCAGCACACUACAGCAGUGACCUAUCAAGCUGUGAGACAAGGCAUAGCCGAUGCUUUUGCCGCUUUAAAGAUAAUACCCAAAAAGCAGUCAGUUUGUUUCAGCUGUGGGGAGCCCGGGCACAUUAAAAAAGACUGUCGAAAAGCACAAAACCCGAGAACACCGAAUAUGUGCCCUCGUUGCCAGAAAGGUCCUCACUUUGCUAAUUCCUGUCGCUCUAAAUUUCACAAAAAUGGCCAGCCGUUGCAAGGAAACUCAUCUCACAGCGCGGGAUGGCGACGCGUGAAGACACAAGUCCCACAGCCAACCCAGCAGCUGUCACAGCCAGAGCCAACCUUCAGCUUCCAGCCAGCGCAGGCCCUGCCCGCCGGACCAUCUCCGACCUACGUCCAGCAACCCCAGGGAGCGCCAGAUUAGACAUUUCAACCCGUGAUACAGUAACGUUGACCAAUUCCUCAGUGUUUUGUCUCCCCACAAGAAUUUACGGACCUUUGCUACCAGGUCACCACGCUUUGCUUUUAAGUAGAUCUUCUACCUCAGUAACAAGAUUAUUUGUUUUGCCAGGAGUUAUUGAUUCUGACACAGUUGGGGAAAUAAAAAUCAUGGCUUGGACCCCACAGCCCCCCUGCGUGGUCCCAGCAGAGACCAAAAUAGCCCAGCUUGUACCUUUUCCAGCAGCCCCCUUAUCCACACCCCCGAUAGCUAAUCAGAGGAGAAGCGAGUUUGGUUCAACGAGAGUACCACAAAUUUUUUAGACCCAGCACAUAACUCCUGAACGUCCUACGUGCAGAUGUAAGGUGUCUCUGAGAGGUAAAGAGUUAAUUUUAACCAGAUUGAUUGACACAGGCGCAGAUAUCAGUCUUAUCUCCCAAAAUCAAUGGCCUAAUGAUUGGCCAUUAAUGCCUGUCCCCCAGGUCCUCUCAGGGGUGGGUAGAAACAGUCAAAGCUAUCAAAGCCAACACCUAGUACAGAUCACAGGGCCUGAAGGCAGGGUAGCAACUGUCAGGCCUUAUGUGUUGUCUGCGCCGCUGAUUUUAUGGGAGAGAGAUGUUUUGUCUCAAUAGGGAAUUUUCAUACAGUCAAAUUUUGUAUAAGGGUCAUUAGAGCGCGCGAGACCCCCAAACUGACUUAGAAAUCCUCUGAUCCAGUUUGGGUAGACCAAUGGCCCAUGUCAUUAGAAAAACUGCGCAUUUUACAAGAACUUGUAAAGGUACAGCUAGAAAAGGGACACAUAGUCCCAUCUAAUAGCCCUUGAAAUUCACCAGUGUUUGUAAUCAAAAAGCAGUCUAGAAGGUAGAAGCUAUUGCAUGACUUGAAGAAAAUAAACGAGGUAAUUGAGGGAAUGGGGCCCCUACAGCCAGGCCUCCCUUCCCCUUCUAUAAUUCCUAGAAAUUGGCAUUUAACAGUAAUUGAUUUAAAAGGUUGUUUUUUUGACAUUCCUCUGCAUCGAGAUGAUGCACCCAAAUUUAGCUUUUCUGUGCCGAGCAUUAAUAUGCAGGCACCUCUAAAUCGAUAUCAUUAGUUAUCACUUCCCCAAGGAAUGCAAAAUAGCCCAAUUUUGUGUCAGUAGUACGUGGCAAAAACCCUGAGCCCGAUACGAGAACAAAUGCCUGAUGUUCUCUUUUUAUCAUUAUAUAGAUGACAUUCUUAUUUCUGCAAAAACCGUGAGUCAUAUAGAAGAAGCAGUGCAGGCUGUCUGCCAAGCUGUUACCUCAGCAGGCCUCACCAUUGCUUCUGAAAAGGUUCAAAAGACAUCUCCCUAGAAAUAUUUGGGCUAGCGAAUAAGCAUGCAUUCUAUUUCUACACAACCCUUGCAAAUCUCAACUGAAAUCAAAACUUUACAUGAUACACAGAAGUUGCUAAGAACAAUAAAUUGGGUCCGUCCCUUGCUUAGGAUUUCAAAUGCAGAUUUAGAGCCAUUGUUUGCCCUCCUAGGAAGAGAGCCUAACCUCUUAUCACCCAGACACUUAAACAAAGAAGCACAAAUUGCGCUUCAAAAAGUAGCUGAUACUAUCUCUCAAAGGCAAUCAGCUAGGUAGGCUCCAGAGUUGCCUUUGUGGCUAAUUAUUCUGAAUCCUAAUAAACAGCCUUAUGCAUUAAUAUUUCAGUAGGACUCAGAAAAACCAGAUCCUCUUCUAAUUAUCGAAUAAGUCUUUUUGCCUAACAAUAUGCCCAAGACUAUUUCCAUGCAAGAUGAACUUAUAGCCAUGUUGAUUGUCAAGGCUCAGCAAAGACUGACCUCUUUAGCUGAGAAAGAUUUUGAUAUUAUCUAUCUACCUCUCACAAUGUUUUAUUUGAAUUAGUUGCUACAGAUGUCUGAAAAAUUGCAAAUUGCUUUAACAAUUACCCAGAGCAGAUAUCUAUCCAUCUGCCUAAACACAAAUUAUUAAGUUCGUCUUUUAAUUUAAUCCCCAAGCCAAAGAGAAGUAAGACUCCCUUGCAAGCUAUGACAAUAUUCACAGAUAAGUCUGAAAAAACCCGUAAAUCAGUGAUUGUAUGGAGGGACCCUGAAACUGGAACUUGGCAAUCUGAUAUUGCUGUGGUUGAAGGGUCUCCACAAAUAGUAGAAUUAGCUGCUGUUGUCAGAGUGUUUCAGAAAUUCAGCACACCUUUUAAUCUGAUUACUGACUCCGCAUAUGUUUCAGGUAUUGUACAGAGAGCAGAGAAUUCUGUUUUGAAAAAUGUUAAAAAUGACAUUCUUUUUUCCUAGUUAAAACUGCUGGUCUCUCUGUUAGACCAGAGGACGGCUCCUUACUUUGUGAUGCAUAUCAGGUCACAUUCCAAUCUACCGGGUUUUCUCACUGAAGAAAAAGGACCCCGCUGGAUUCCGGCAAAAAACGUGAAGCCGUUCCGAGAACCUCUACCGACAGCUGACGGAGGCCAAGACGCCACUGCCACCGAGCCCCCGAGAGAGGAAGAGGAGGAGGAACCCCACUCAGACUGCAGUUGAUGACAUCCUUUGUUCUAUCGAGAAAGGAAACUGUGAACUUUUAGGUUUGAUGUCUGUGUGAAGGGUGUGGGAAUUGGUGAUAUCACAGAGCCCUUUUUGGCAAAAGCGUAAUGUAAAACAGGUAUAAAUCCAUUGAAUUUUUUGUUAUAACUGACCACCAAAAAGGUAGGCCUUGAACGAGGACCAAAAGGAGAUAAGCUAAAAAAGGUUUUGUUUUCUUUUUUUUUCCUUUUACCACAACAUAGUUCUAAACAAACAAACAAAGGCACCAUGGAGUUAAAUCGAAUGCUAUACUUGUUAGCAUUGCUUGCCUUUUGUAGCACUGCCUGGCCUAUUAAUCAACCCAAAACAAAUGUUUGGAUAACUCUGGCUAAUGCAACCAAACAAGAUACCUUAUGCCUGGCCACUGCAUCCCCAGAAAAUCCAUUUUCAACCUGUUUAGUCGGUUUGCCAUUAGAUGGCUGGCCAAUACCAGAAAUUACCAAAAGCAUAGUACAGAGCUCAAAUCCUGUUGAUACAUGGGAUCAGUAGACUCCUUACCUUCCAAUAACACCCUUGGAGCCACAAGAAUUAGAACUCCUGGGUUCUGUAAAAAUGGAUUUUUGUGUUAAUUUUGAUUACACAGGAAAAAACCAGUCAAAAGCCUGGGAUGUUUCUCCCUAUCACCCUGCAUAUAAAAUCAGACCUCUUGGUGCAAUUACACUUCUGGCAGCCCUUCUAAAUCCAGUAAUGCCCCACUGUAGCUGCCAUCAGGAAUGUUUCUGAUUUGUGGGGAUCGGGCCUGGGCUGCUAUCCCCUCACACAUAAAGGGAGGUCCCUGUAGUUUGAGACAACUGACUGUGCUAACACCUAAUAUAUCCAUGAUUUUACAGCACAAGUAUCCCCACAGAAUAAGGCACACUCUGCAUGCAUUUGAUGAAUACUGCGAUGAUAAAUUGUCUUUGUGGUCUGAGACCCAGAUAAAUUUGGCUUCUUCGCUUUUGCCAGGAAUGGCUGCAAAAAAGGCCUUAAGUCAAUUAAAUAAGGUAGCCUGCUGGCUGGCAAAGCAGACAAAUGCCACCAGCUCAGCUUUAUCAAAUUUAUUAACAGAUGUUGACAGUAUAAGACAUGCUACCCUUCAAAACCGUGCAGCCAUUGACUUCAUCCUCCUUGCUCAGGGCCAUGGAUGUGAAGAUUUCGAUAGAAUGUGUUGUAUGAAUCUUUCUGAUCACUCAGAAUCUAUCCAUAAAAGCAUUCAGCAGCUAAAAGAUAGCGUAUUUAAAUUAAAGGUAGAAUCUGGAUCUUGGCUAGAUAACUUGUUUAGUGGCUGGGGUUUGACACCCUAGCUAAAAGAUUUUCUUAGGAUAGGAAUGCAUGUAAUGAUUUUAAUAAUAAUUGUAUUAGUUAUGAUACCUUGCUUGCUUCAAUGUGUGCAAAGAUUAGUUAAUAAAGCCAUCAAGGGGGUAUUCUUGGUUAAUACAGAAGGGGGAGAUCUGGGAAUACACAAGACAGAGAGUCAAACAGACUUGAUUAGCAUAUCUGGUUUGAUAACCAAGAUGCCAUGGCAGGAACAAACAGAACUGUGAAAAUUACAGGAGAUGGGAUUACACCUGCUUACGGGAAGAGAGAAGAUUCAAUCAACUUCUGCAAGCAAAGAGUUGUUGUAAAAUGCAUGAGUUUUCUGUGUGAUUUUUAACCUGAUUAUUGUAGUAGAAAUGAUUAACCUGUCUGAAACAGUAUAUAAGCUUUUGGAAAACCUGAGUAAAAUCGAAUUCUGAUCACCGAAUCAGUCUUCCCGUCUCUCAUAAUCGCCAAUAGGAAAUGAGUGACAUCUGUCUGCCACAGCUGGCAGCUGUUAAGUCUUCGGGGAUAGAACUGGGGGCUGUGGUAGUCUGAAAAGCCAGUUAGAAAAGGCUAGACACCAUUAGGCCAGUCACACUGAAAAGGCUAAACAAAUUUGUUAAUUUGUUUAAAUCUUGCAAUAUAAACCCACAUAACCCGUUUAUUGCAAUUACAAAGUCAGAUAAACUGUUCACAGUAUAACAUAAUCCUUACUGCAAUUGUACUUGUUCUUAUGCUGCAAAACUGUGUAAUUAUUGUUUCAUUUUUAAACUGUUAAUUGUCAUAUGUCAUAUUUCUCUUCUCACAUUUUAACGAAAAAAGGGUGAAUUUGUGGAAUUACAUUUUAUUGACAUGGUAUGCUCUGGCUCACCCCUGGAAAAUGUAUGGUUUAUCCCAAGUCUGUAACCUCCCUGCAGUAUCGUGUCUCUGUAACCCCAUUGGCUGAAGAAUCUUACCGCGCCCGCUUCGAAACUCUGUGUUAAGAGUGUAGGGAGUUUCCUCUUUUCCCUGGAGGCCUCUGGAGGCUCUGCUCCUCUCCCCUUCCCCCUCUCCCCCUCCUCUCCC